AUGGCUGGCAUAGAGAGACUAGAGGUCCACAGCAGGUCCUACAUCGUGCGAUGGGUCAAGGUCGAGGAGGGGAACACCCUCUCCUGGAGCGUACAGCCACACAAAAAGUCUAUAAACUUCGGAAUCGUCAAGCACCCGGGCAGCGGUGCCACAGGUCUCUCUUCCACGCCGGGCGACGAUUUUCAUAAUGCAACCAAUACACAAGGAGUUGAUGAGGGCAAGGCAAGCCGAUUCGCCAAGAAAGACACCACAGCCCAAGAGCUUCUCUCCAGCAAAGGCUUUAUAUCAAUAAAAUGGUUCGGAAAGUGCGAGGCGGACAAGGUAUCCAUGGGGGCCUACGACGUUCCGCCGGGGCAGACGGGCAUGUAUGGCUUGGUCUUUGACAACACAUUUUCCAAGCAGACGUCCAAGACGGCGACCUUUGUUGUCCUGACAUAUCCCACCGGUGCCGCCCCCCAGAGUGCCAACCACCUCCCGAACCUCCAGAUGCCGAAUGCCAGCCAGACCAGCUUGGGGGUGCAUACCAGCCCGCCUCAAGAGGCCGACCCCUCUGCAUCUGUGGAUAGCUUCCAUAGCCACCCAAGCAAGGGCCAUGCCCGCAAUCCGUCCGAAACAACCGUUCCAGCAAACUAUCAUGUUGGAACGCUCUCAAAGCGUCGAAGAAAGAAGGGACAAGGAUAUGCCCGCCGCUAUUUUUCUCUCGAUUACUCUACCUGCACCUUGUCAUAUUACUACAAUCGAAACUCGUCUGCUCUUCGCGGUGCUAUUCCUCUUAGCUUGGCUGCUAUUGCUGCUGAUGAGAGAAGAAGGGAAAUCAGCAUAGACUCGGGGGCAGAAGUAUGGCACCUCAAGGCGCCCAAUGAUAAAGAGUUCCAAGAAUGGGCCCGAGCCCUUGAGAAAGCAAGUAAACUGGCGAGAGGGCUCGAAAGCUUGCCACAGCAGCCCAAGCUUGGCUUACAGGUCGAUCAUCGUACUCUACAACAGGGUCAAAGCUCUACCGGCAACCAUGGGGGCCAUGGUGAAGAGGUGGAAUGGCAGCAGGUCGAGACCCUGGUUAGCCGUGUGGUUGGAACUCGUGAUGCCUUGCGCCGUUUGACCAAGGAGGUUGCUGCUCUGCCAAGACCGACUUCGUCAUCAUCUCACCAUCUCCAAAGCCCAUCAGGGAGCGCUGUUGAAGAUAAUGGCGACGGAGCGGAGCGUAAGUCGUUCUGGAAACGCAAAUCUAGCUCGUCCGUGUCAAUGCCUCCGGGAUUGCAUCCUCACUUUUCGCCAGGCGAAGAUCAUGAUGACUCGAAUAAACGCAGAUCGAAGGGAACGACACAGGAAGAAAAGUCUCUGCAAGAUCACUGUGCGGCCCUGCUGGCUGAUUUGGACUCCGUUGUCAGCGAGUUUACCAUUCUCAUCAACAACAGCAAACGGCGUCGAAUGCCGGUGCCCAAAUCCGCCGAUGUUGCCUCACGCCUGAGUUUGGAUACGACCUCUACUGGAGAUGAGUUCUUUGACGCAGAAGAUGCCGGCGCAAGCAUUGCCAAGAUCGAUGCUAGCGACGACGAGACGCAUGAGUCUGAAGCUGAAGGCGAUGAUGCCUCAUCUCACGAUGGCUCGUCCAUCUCAUCUGUGGAAGAAGAGGAAGUGCGUGGGGGCGCCAAUGCGCUGUUUCCAGUCAAGCCAAAGAGUCUUGCUCCUCUGCCUCUUGAUGUCGCGGUCUCCCGUAGAACUGGCAUACCACCUGCCAUGGUCUUGCCGCCCAGUCUGAUUGCGUUUGUCCGAAAGAAUGUCGGCAAGGAUCUCAGCACCAUUAGCAUGCCAGUUUCGGCAAACGAGCCGAUUUCUUUGCUUCAGAAGAUUGCCGAGCAGUUGGAAUAUGCGCAGCUUUUGGACCAGGCUGUCAAGCGUGGAUCGGUAACCGAGCGACUGCUGUAUGUUACCGCCUUUGCUGUCUCACAGUUUAGCAGUGGUCGUGCCAAGGAGCGAGCCAUCCGCAAACCGUUUAAUCCUCUGCUAGGCGAGACGUUUGAACUGGUGCGCUCGAGCAAGGAAACCCCCGGAGGAUUCCGACUGCUCGUGGAGAAGGUUCAGCAUCGACCUGUCAAACUGGCUAUGCAGGCCGAAUCAGCUAGUUGGUCACUUUCUCAAUCUGCCGCCCCGGGGCAGAAGUUUUGGGGUAAAAGUGCCGAGAUUACGACUGAUGGACGGGUCAGAGUUGUGCUCCGUCUGCCAGACGGAUCUGAUGAGCUGUACUCGUGGAACAUUGCUACCAUGUUUUUGCGAAACGUGGUAAUGGGCGAGAAGUAUGUGGAGCCUGUCGGCACGAUGAAUGUGGUAAACGACACAACUGGCCACAAAGCAGCCGUAGAGUUUAGAAGCAAGGGCAUGUUUGGCGGAAGAGCCGAAGAUGUCAAUGUGGAGACAUUUGAUUCCAAGGGCAGCAACACAGGCAGCGGAUUGACUGGUACAUGGACAGGAGGACUCAAGACAGCUGGCCCCGGAAAGUCAGGUGGUGAAGAGAUUUGGCACGUCGGCGGCAUGGUUGACAAUCCUGCACAGACCUACGGCAUGACAGCAUUCGCAGCCUCGCUGAACGAAAUCACGGAGAUUGAGAAGGGCAAGCUGCCGCCAACCGAUUGCAGAUUGCGACCUGAUCAGCGUCUUGCCGAGCAGGGCAACCUAGACGAAGCCGAGAUUUGGAAGGUGAAGCUCGAGGAAGCACAGCGAGCCCGCCGCCGUGUCACCGAGGAGCGAGGCGAAUCGCACAAGCCAAGAUGGUUCGUCAAGGCGGACGAGUCUCCGGAAGGAGAGGAAGUAUGGAGAAUCAAGACUGGCAAGGAGAGUUACUGGGAGGAGCGCUCCCGGGGCGCCUGGACCGGCGUCGAAGAGAUAUUUAGCACGCCUGAGGAGUAG